CAGAUGCUGCAGAAUCAACCAAGUGUUCUAAGAAUAAACAACAUUCAAUAUUUUAACAACAAUUCAAAACGGAACGGAUAUAAAAAAUUCCAUUGCAAAACAAUUUCGGAGAAAUCAUUAAACAAUUCAAAGAAAUUAAAAAAAAAAUCAGAAAGAAAUUUCAAAGGAUAACAAAGAAAAAAAAAAUAAUUCAGAAUAAAAUUCUCAACACAAAUUUUUAAAACCACCUCAAAGUCAAUAUGUUUCAAAUAAAAAGCACCAAAUGGAUUACCUUGACUUUUGUCUUCUUUGUGACAUUUUUCACGGGAGUAGCGGCCAAGCCCACCUUCGAUAUUUACAACGACGACUACUAUUCGGAUUAUGCAACCAGACGGUCAGGCGAACAAUCCGAUCACAUUCUCUCGAGCUUAAAACGGGGUUAUUACUACAUUGACAAUGGCUCCAUAAUACCAGUCAGACGUUCGGAUGAUCCCAAUACAGGAUAUGUGCAUUAUAGUUAUACACCAAUUGCCCAUUAUCGCAAACAGCGGUCCGAACACAAGAAAUUAUUUGUGCCCAAUUUCUUUGGCUGAGCCACAGAAAAUUUUCCAUUACUUAGUUAUCGGUGAAAGAGAGGGCGCGAUUGAGGGCGAGACAGAGAGAGAUGGCAGACUGAUAUUUAUAUCUCUUAUAUCUCAUAUUAUGUUAAGUCGUUGUUUUUUUGUUAUUCAAUUGUGUUUAAGUUAUUAAUUAUUAUUAUUAU